AGGGACCCCGCACCCCCACCCCACCAACAUCUCCAGCCUCCGGGAGCUCUCAGACACGCCGGGAAAGGGCAGCAGCUCCUCGGACACCCCAGGGAGGGACGGCAGCAUAGACACCCCCGGUGGCAAUGGAUAAAUCUCCCUCCCGAAAAGCCCCCCAGAGCAUCUCCGGGCUGUGGGACGGAGGGAGCAGUGCUGGCCUCGGGAACCGUGGGACUGUCAGGUGCAAGCAGCUGUCCCGUGCCAGCGCCGGAUCCGCAGGGAACGCCGUGAGCUGGGGCUGGCUGCCAGCCCCCCCCAGAGCCAUGAGCCUGGAGCCCCCCAAGCUGGAGGUGAAAUCGGCCACGAGGGUGACCGGGGGUCCCGCCACCCCCCGCAAAGGACCGCCCAAGUUCAAGCAGAGGCAGACGAGGCAGUUCAAAAGCAAACCCCCCAAAAAGGGGGUGCAGGGGUUCGGUGACGACAUCCCAGGCAUGGAAGGGCUGGGAACAGACAUCACUGUCAUCUGUCCCUGGGAGGCCUUCAGCCACCUGGAGCUGCACGAGCUGGCUCAGUACGGCAUCAUCUAGGACUGGGGCAGGCCUGGCUGGGUCACCUGCCCCAUAGUGCUGUGUAGGUAGAGGCUUCUCCAUCUGUACAGUGGGGCUCUGCUUGGAAAAAUUAAAUCCUGAACCCCCAAACGA